GUUUCCUUCCAUACCACUAAACAUUUAAAGCCUCUCUUUAAUAGCAAAUUACAUUAGUGGUAAUUACUUCUGAUGCAGAUGACUGAAGGAUAUGAGCUUCUCUGUGUCAAACUUAGGCCCAGCAAGAAGGAAGCAGAUUUAUGAUAGCAAUUUUUCUUCAAUGAAAUGAAUGUCCUGAACCACUUUUUCUACAGAAAAAGGUCUUGCAAGUUACAAUCUUCCCCCAAGUAAUGUCCUAAUAUGGAAUUCCUGACAUUACCACAAAAUAGGAUUUCUCCCUCUUUUUCCUGGAUAGUUUGAAAUGUGCCCCAAAUUUCUUGGCAGAAUUUUUGAUCGCGACCAAACUCUUACUGUUUUAUCAGUUUAGAAGCUACCUGCAGCAGAUUGGGAGCCUGAAAUCCCUCUGAUUACAGGAGACAGUGGACAAUUGUUGCUCAACACAGCAAGUAUGUUCAGUUGGUGGUGUGAUUGUGGAAAUGCUUUUCAGCCCUCUUGAAAAGUAUGACACAACGCUGAUGAAAGGAAGACACAGGAAAUUAAAAGUGAUCCAAGAUCUUUUGAUUGCCAAACCGUAUCACAAGACUUCAGCAAAACCCACCUUUUGUAGGGGUGCAGGGGAAGAUCAAGAGUUGAACUAUUGUGAAUAAAAGGAGAGAAAAUGUCUGAGGAUUUUGAUCUCAGCUUACUUAAAGGACUGGAGCAAGGUGUUAUUUUGGAUGUCUUAUAUCGUGACCAGAUUCUGAGAAAGGUAGAUGAAGAAAGAAUAAGAAAAAUGAAAACACAGCUGCAGCAACGUCAGUGGAAAGGGGCAAAAAGUGCAAGCUCUGAAUAUCAGAAAAAGUCGUGUGCCCGUUGUCAAAAGUCUCUUGGUGUGUUGUUCAGUAGAGGCGCAGUGUGCAGUGGCUGCAGUCAUCAAGUAUGCACUGGAUGUCGUGUCAAACUGAAUCCCUACCAUUGGAAGUGCACUUUCUGCUAUGCUCAUGAGGAAAUUAAAGUCAAAACAGGCGAGUGGUUCUUUGAGAAACGAGCAAGGAAAUUUCCAGCUGAAGGUAGACAUGAAACUGCUGGUGCAAAGCUCUUGAAAACUUAUCAAAAGCUAAGUAAGGUAUCGGUGGUUCCUCCAACUCCCCCUCCAUUUGGUGAAUCUCCACUUAAUGCAGUGGAUCAUGACCCAGGUAAAAGUUUCCACAAGUCCAUGGAAAAUCUUUUUCUGUCUUUUACCACACAUAUUAAAAAAAUCUCAAAGUCCCAGAAUGAUAUGUCAGCUGAGAACCAACUUCUAACAGCAGAUUAUGGACAGCAAAAGGAUCCAGUGAAGGACAGGAGAAGUUUGUCUGAUACUGCUAUUGAUAUUGCAUCCAGGUUUGAGCUUUCCCCGAAUCUUUACCGGCUCAUAAGUGGAGAACAAGAUGACACUAAAAUUGCUUCGAGUAAGAUGUCCAGUGAAAAGAGAAUUCCGUCUGGUCCCAUAAGUGACGGUAUAUUUUCUGCAGGCAUAAGACGGGAUAGUAUAUGCAGUAUUAACAGCACAUGCACUGAUGCUGGAAGCUUUGAGAAAGCUGAUGUCAGUGGUGAAAUAGAAUUUGCUAUCAGAUAUGUCUUCAAACCUGGCAUUUUAGAAGUAUGCAUCAAGGCCUGCAAGAACUUGGCUUAUGGAGACGAGAAAAGGAAAAAAUGCAAUCCGUAUGUCAAGACUUACUUGUUGCCCGAUAAAUCUUCUCAGACUAAACGGAAGACUUGUGUCAAAAAGAACACAUUGGAUCCAUUGUUCCAAGAAACAUUAAAGUACAAGGUUGAAUACUCCCAGCUGGAAACCCGGCAGCUUCAGAUAUCUGUUUGGCAUGCCGAAACUUUCAGACGUCGGAUAUUUCUUGGAGAAGUUGUGAUAUCAUUUGAAUCCUGGGAUUUUAAAGACACUUCAUUCUGCUGGUAUCCACUCCAAGCAAAAAUGGCUUUGUAUUAGAACUAUUUUAAAACUUUUUAUUUUAGAAACAAACAUGCAACAAACCAUGUAUUUGUCCAUUUCUUGCUGCAAUGUAGCUUUGGCAAAAUGUGUGUGUGUGUGGGGGGGGGGGGGCUACCCCCUGCUUUAGGGGAUCUGCUGCUAUGGCAUCCAUGGUAGAUGGCUAUCCCAUCUCUGCAUAAAACCAUCUAAUGAAGGAGAGUCUAUCACUGAGGCGGUUGGUUCCACUCUCGAACAGCUAAUUUAGUCAAAAGGUUCUUCCCAAUCUUUUUCACAAAUCCCUUCUCUUGUUUUGAAACUGUUGAUCUGCAUUUUACCAUCUGGAGCAACGGAGAGCAAAUCUACUUCAUCUGCAUCACAGCCUUUCAGAUAGGAUAGGCCAUCCUAUCUCUGCUCAUAUUCCCUUUUGGAUAAUCUUUUGACAUAGGAUAUGGAGACAGCCAUAAGAAUGACUGUAUAGACAUAGUAGCUAACAUUGUUGGCUACUUGCUGUGGUAGCCCAGACAGGGAAGGGAACUAUUCCCCAAGGACUGGACGAUGGGGCAGACAACAAGGGGUGACCCUCAUUUCCAUGCAGUACCGUGAGCUUUCAUGCAGAUUCCUUGGGAAGAUUUUGUUUGAAAAAGCCACCAACAGCCUGGAGCCUUAAAAGAGACGAUUUAAAACUGCUGAAUGGAGAUGACUGGACUUGCAGUCCAACACUUUUAGAAGGCAUCAGAUUGGAAAUGCAGGUAUGAAUAAAUGAAGUCAUCAUCUGAACAGGUACUGUAGGAAACCCAGCCUUGGGCUAGGCAGAUUUUGGUUUAAUGCAGCAGGUGACUCUUACACUCUUAGGAAAGUUCAGUGCUGCAAAAAGCCCUGCCCUUCUGUGGCCACAUUACUGCUGGAUUUCUGCCUCGCUCCCUGUCCUACCUUUUGCCCCAGGGUUAAAAUAGGAUGAACAAAGGGCAAUGGCAUCAAAGUCCUCAGCAGGAGAUUGCCCUCUUUACACACCCCAUUCAUAAACGGAUUGAACUAUGGAAAUUGCAGCCAGAAAAUUGUAAAUAAUUGCAAAGUGAAAUUUUGUUUUCACUUCUACUUCUCAGACAUGUUAUCCGUUUAGUUCUCAAGCACCAUACAAACUCUUGGGGCUCUCUAAUGUCCCUUGUACUUUCUGAGCUAAAAAGGGAUCCUUGUGAAAAUUUCAGUCAGCUGACCACAUAUUUUGUUGUCUAUAUUUAAGUAGCAUGGAAGUGGGGGGAAUUUAGGUGUAUUGGGUUGAACAUUCUUAUUAAAUUUGAAUGGUUUUAAUUCCUA